UGAUCAGUGUGUCGGUGGAGAAAGAACCUGCUGCUGCUGCUGGAAGUUUCCACAGAAAUGACUGAGUGUGACCUUUUCCUGGGGACACGGAUCAGCUGAUGACUCCAACACCGGCUGCCAUUUUCAGGUCAUCUGGAUAAACUUGUGAGAGAGUGAGUGUGUGAGUGAGCGAGUGAGUGUGAGAGUGUGAGUGUGUGUGUGUUGUGUGAAGAGAAGCCGCUCUGUGGGAUGGGGGAAGCGCUUUGUCCUGAGCUGUGAUCAUGAUGACUGAUGGAUGCUGCAGAGGGAUGGAGAGAGGCCGGGGGAAGGCGGCAGCUGAGCCGCUGCACAGAGCCGCGUACCCGCCGCCUCCUCCUCCGCCGCCGCCGCCGCAGCAGCAGCAGCAGCAGUAUGUGCAGAGUGCGGUAGCAGCAGCGGCAGCCGCGCAGCAGCAGCAGCAGCAGGGCACAGACAUCCAGGAGCUGGCCUCCAAGCGCGUCGACAUCCAGAAGAAACGCUUCUACCUGGACGUGAAGCAGAGCGUCCGCGGCCGCUUCCUGAAGAUCGCGGAGGUGUGGAUCGGCCGAGGCCGCCACGACAACAUCAGGAAGAGCAAGCUGACGCUGUCCAUGGCAAUGGCGCCCGCGCUGCGCUACUGCCUGGGAGACUUUAUAGAUUAUUACGCCCGAAUCGGGCUGCGCGGCGGUUUGGCGCCGCAGCCCGAGGACCACAGCGGCAACGGCCAGGGCCGCGCGCACCGGAGAGCGCAGGAGCAGCAGAGCGCCGCCGCCGCGCUGUCGCCCACCGGCUCUGCCGCGUCCGACGACCACGCGCACCGCGUUCUCAAGAGCGAGUUCAUCGAGCGCGACAACAGAAAGUACUUCCUGGACCUGAAGGAGAACCAGCGCGGCCGCUUUCUGCGCAUCCGGCAGACCGUCAGCAAGGGCCACGGAACCAUGGGCUACUAUGGUCAGGGCAUCGAGCAGACCAUCGUGCUGCCCGCGCAGGGACUCAUCGAGUUCCGGGACGCGCUGUCGCAGCUCAUUGAGGACUACGGCGACGACGACGGCGACGAGCGCGGCCGAACCGGGUCUCGGAACCACGGCUGCGACAGCGAGAGCCCCGAGCUCCCCGAAGCUGCGUCCUUCCGCGUGGACAACAAGAGGUUCUACUUCGACGUGGGCUCCAACCGAUACGGUGUCUUCCUGAAGAUCAGCGAAGUGCGGCAGCCGUACAGGAACACCAUCACCGUGCCGCUGAAGGCCUGGGCCCGGUUCGGGGAGAACUUCAUCAGGUACGAGGAGGAGAUGCGGCGGAUUUUCACGUGUCACAAAGAGAAGAGGACAGACGCGCAGCGGGACAGCGACGAGCAAGAGGACUGACAAGGACAUGGAAGUCCCGCCAUGUCUCUGUCCCAGUGACCACCAAGGGCUGGUAACGACUGACCCUAACCUGCCAAGAACCCAUUCAUUCAUUCAUCCAUCCAUCCAUCCAUUCAUUCAUACAUCCAGUCGUCUCAGUGCUUUUUACUGCACUUUAGCCUCUUGACCAGGGCCAGUCCAAGAAUAUUUAGGGGCCCCUGAACAACCACCAAUGAAAUAUGAUCUGUUUAAACCUUUUUCACACUUUAUGAUUGAUAGAUAUUAUGAUAACAGACAAGCUCUUAUCACCGUCUGAUUGGCACACGGUUGGCUGUCGUUAAUCACAAAAUAUUCCAAAACAGAGUUUGCAGAUCAGAGGCCGGGGACGGGGUCUUAAUGGUCACUUGGCCAGGGUCAGUCCAAGUGUAAGAUGGUAUUAAGAUAUGUUUGUUUUUUUACCAAUGACUUUGUUAAGUCAGGGCUAAAUAUGUCGCUAAUGCUGACACCUGGUGCUGUCAUGGCCAACUGCAUAGCAAAAACGCUGACAACUCUGUGGUGUCUGCCGUUGUCUUUGAAGGUUCCGAGUCUUUUGGGUCAUCGUCAUAUUCACUGGUUUGUUGUAGACAAGUGGACUUGCUCAAGACGACGUUCAAACUUGUGUCUCCACGUUGACACCCUAAAAAACACCUAAAAUGUCCCCACUUUUUCAAAAUGUCCUGAGUCAACUGGGUUUAGACUAAGGUAAUAUAUAAGUACACACACACACACAAACUUUUACUUUUGUGUCAACUCUUAAAGACGCCUUUUAGAAAGUGAGGACCACCUCUAAAUGUCCCCACUUUUUAAAAUGUCCUCAAUCUACUAGGAUUAUACUAAGGUCCCCACAAAGGUAUAACGACGUUCCACCUCUGGUCCAAGUUCUUGAGAACUUCAGAAACCUCUUAAAUGAGAGGUGGAACGUCCUCAAGUUAACUCAAUAUGUCUGGUAAAAGAUGUUGACCCUGGAAGUCGUAAAGUGUGAUCUUGGAUUUAAACUCCUCGGACGCAAAAACCCUGGACAAUGUCUGGACAUUUUGGAUCUGGACAUUCUCCAGAGUGUUUCUCCCUUCACAGCAGGAGAUUCAUUUAUCUGGGUCAGGUGCUCAGCUUUUGAUGAUAAGUGAGUUUGAAUGGUAAUAGUGGGAUUUUAGGAACGUGGUUGAUAAAAGGGAGACCACUUUAAUAAACUUUCCUUAUAGCAAAAAAGUAAAAAAACAACCCUGUCAGUCAUCAGUGACAGUAAAAGAUGAACCAAUAACACUUUACUUUCUAUGAAAAGUACAAAUUAUGAAAUUGUAUAGAAAGGAAAUGACAAAGUUUUAUUAAUAUUUAUAUUUUAAAAGCAAGAAAGGAAACAAAUGAACAGGAGAACUUGCAGUGUGCAAAUCACUUGUUUACCUCCUGCUCCCCCUGCUGGCCAACAAGCUCAAAGCAGGAGACGUGACGUGUUGCCUGCAGUUCGCACCGGACAGAAAAGGUAGCUAAGCUACGAGGAGCAAGAUUUGCUCCAGCGAGAGGUGGCAGUGUCAGGACUGGAGACACUGGUGUGACAGGCACAUGCCACCAGGGGUGGCAUUAAGUAGGAAAUAAUAGAGACAUCAUGCAUUUGAUUGUUCUUUUCCAUUUUGUGGACCUGUGCCACGGUGGUCCAACUGUGGCAGUUCAACAUCAUCUUAUGAUACAGUUGCUACACACAACAUUUACAAUCUUGUACUUCUAUCUUGACCCUCAAACAGUUCUGUGAAAAGUGGGCUACAUAUUAAGGUCCCUGCGAAGAGUACACAUACAAACUCGUGCCUCCAUUUUAACAACCUAAAAACCACCUAAAAUGUCCCCACUUUUUCAAAAUGUCCUUAAUAAACUGGGUUUAGAUUAAGGUCCCCACAGAGGUAUAAGUACCAGUACACACACAAGCGUUUACUUUUGUGUCAACCCUUAAACGGGGCCUCUUUGAAAUGGAGGACCACCUAAAAUGUCCCUACUUUUUUUAAAAUGUCCUCAAAAAACUGGGUUUAGACUAAGGUCCAUAAAAAGGUAUAAGUACCAGUGAAACUGUCCUCACACCUUGGGGUGUGUGUCACGGUCCCCAUAAAGAGAGAAGAACAAGUACACACAAACUAUAGGAAUAGGCUUUUAAAUCAGUAGUUUUGUCAAAGAUGAAUGAAAGCUUUCGCAUUAAUGUUUAUCGACACAAGUUUCCCUCUCCAGUGCAGUGUAGAGCAGGUAGUGCGCCCCCUGCUGUGUGUGAAAUGUAAUAGCGUGCUUUGUGAUUUCACCUGAAGGAGAAGCAGGACAUGCAGAUAAACUUCCGGUUUUAACCAAAAAUCUGAAAGAAUUUAUGAGCCAGUGCAAUCAAUAUCCUUUAUCUUUUAGUUCCCCCCCCAAACAUAGGAAUGAUUAACAUUGAAUCUGAAACAUCUGACUGGUUGCUUUGAAGCCUCAAACAUAUAAAAAAAAAAAUUGGACCCCGAAGACUUUUCCUUUAAUCACAAAAAGACAAGAGUAGAGAGACAGGGAGGACGGUGGCUGCUGCCGUACACACAGAGACCUCAUUGUUCUGAAAGUUAACUGUGUUUGCUGUAGAUAAUGGAGAUUUCAGGCUCGCAGCCCACAUUUAUUCACCGAUUUAGCCAAAGUAAAAGCAUUUUCCAUGCGUUCUGUGGUGGACACGACGACGUGCAGCAGCAGCUGCGGUGGUGAUAGUGGUGGUCGUCUUUAUUAAUUCUCUGCACUGGUACAGAUUCCACGUAGACAGAAAACAAAUGCUCCAGGUGGCAGCUGAUGGGUAUGGUGCAACUGAAGCACAUCCAUCAUAAACAACACGGCGUCGAGGACAGUGACGGUAAAUAAAGACAGCUGACACGUCUCUACUUUCUCACUUGGCACAAAAAUGAAGACCCUGGGGCAGCCAUUUUGUUGUUAGAUGACAUUAUUUGGAGUCUGUGCAGAAGUGAUCAUAGAGUGGAGUCGAGGUAUUAGUCGGCUUUAGCUGUCAGUCGCGACGUCUCAGUAGGGCUUUGGCGAUAUGGAAAUGUUUUAAAAAUUUUAACGGACAAUUAAAACUAGCACUUGUUAAAGGGAGAAAAAUAUUUGAAAUCUACAUAACACCUAAUGUAUUUGCAUAAACAGUGUUUUAAUAUAAAUAGAUCCUUUGUUGAUAUUAAAAAAAAUGAUUGCGCCAUAUAUUGCUUGGAUUUAUGUUUUUAUAUCAUCAAUAACUAACUAAAACUAAAAUUGAUUAAAAAAAACCCACAUGUAAAUAAAGUUCAUCAGUGUGACAACAACUACCUAAAAUGACAGCAUUACUGUUACAGAAAGUUGUGAACCCUCGUGACUUAUUUAACUCAAUUAUUCAACUACAUUUUGAGAGACGGCGUUAGGAUCAAGGUUGUAAUAGGUUCGUAUUAUUCAUUAGUUUUAAUUAGUUUUUAGAGCAGUUUGCUUGUUUUUAUUUUUUGUAAAUGCUUAGUUUCAGCUUAGUUUUUAUUAGUUUUAGUGGAGUUUUUUGAGUAUUUGCCAGGUACAAGAUUCAAAAGGGCGAUAAUAAGUAUUGUGUCUCAAAUACAACCAAAUACGCAAAAUAAAUACACUUCAUAUGAACCCAAAAGAUAGACUGUUCACAGAUACAUAUAAAUAUAACCAAUUGGUUCACAGCUUUUAGUCUCACAGAGUUUUAUUCAAGCAACCAAUUAAAGUAAUAUUCAUGUUAUUGUCCACUUUUGAAUUUGAACAUGUUGGAAAAGUAGAACUUUACAGUGAACUACUAUAUUUAGUGCAGUUGAGAUGUAACUUUCAUAGUUUUUUCUUUCAUGGCAAAAAAAAACAACAACUUAUAAAAAAGUUCUAAAAGUUGUCUUAUGAAAAUCAGAGAUGAAAUAGUUGGAUUUUGAUGUCUUAAGGUGCGUGAAAAGCACACAACUGUUUGUGUUUGUUGUACUGGCAGGUGAAGGACCAGAGAUUUCUUGUUUUAUUUUCUUAUAUAGAUUUUUCAAAAAUGUAUAUAUAGUAAGAAGAUGUAUAAUUCAAAGCACAAAUUACUUUAAAAAAAUGAAUUGAUUUAGAAUAUUUAGUAAAUGAUCUGCACUGAUCAGAUUCAGCAUUGAUGGCUCCGAUAUUAAGAUGUGAUAUUUAUUCUUCUUCCUCAAAUCCCAAAUAUUCCCAGAUAAAGCACUUUAGAUAAAAUCUGCACUUCUGUUAUUUUUUUUUUUAAAUCAGUUGACAUAGACGGACCUUUCUGACCAUGCGACAAUUGUGGACCCACGUGUUAAGAAUUGUUAACUCACUAAGGGUUGACAGUUUUAUCUACAUUAGUGCAAAGGCAGUGAUAAAUAAUCACUGUCAGAUGUGUCGAUGCUCUAAAGUGUGUUUGAAUUCUCUUAUUUCUUUCCAUCCCGCUCACUGUCUAUAGAUUUCUUAAUAGAGGACUAUAUAUUGAGCUCAUGGGCUGAAUAAAACACACUUUUUAAAAAUACUGAGUUCCUUUAGUCUGCGCUAGUAAUCACACCAUUGUUAAGAAAUGUUAUAAAAAUUGAAUGUCACAAUUAUCCUGACCCAAGGAAUUGUGAUUGGCGACAUAACUGCGAAGAUUCAAGUAUAAAUAAGUUUUAAACUCUAAAUGUCUCUCAACAAAAGUUGGUAGGAUACAUUUUUGAUGUGAAAAAAUAGAAUCUUAUAAGAUUAUUAUGAAUGAUGACAAUAACUAGAAAGAUGCACACACCUACUGAUUCAAUCCUUUUUCUUAAGAAUGUCUGGAUACGUUUACUUUUUUUUUACAAUUAAUGACAAAUGAUCCAUUUCUUUCCUGGUAAUUUCCACAGUAAAUGAUUCUGCAAUUGUUAGACCUGUGAAAUAAACUAUUAUAGAUUAUUUGCAUGACUCAUGUGAAUGGAAACUGGACAGUUACAGUAUACGGAGAGUACACUUUCAAUCUAAUUCUCUCUCUCUCUCUCCGUGGACUUUGAUGGUGGUUUUAAAAAACUGUGGCCGCCUCCCAGAGAAAGAGCAGCAGCUGUGGUCACAAUGAUUUUAGAUACUGGGAUCAAAUUGGUGACUGAUGACUCGGUUAGGCUGAUCAAUCAGGCCCAGACAUGACACUUUAAAAUGGUGGUUGUAUGAGGUACUGACAUUAUAAUCAGAGCUGUGAGCUCUUUUCUCAGAGUGAAAACACUGCUGCCAGCAGGAACAAUUGGAUUAAGCGGUUUAAGCUGCUUAACCAAAGGCUCACCUGAGGAAAUUUACUUCAACUGACGUCUACAACAUCCUACCUGUGCCAUUUCCAGAUAGAAAAAGGCUAAAGGUUGUAGACUUAAGAUGGCAUACAUUUGAUUUGAAUUAUGUGUUUUGAUAAAUGGCUAAAACUCCUUGGAAUCCUUGCUGGCAGCUUUCGCACAGUUCACGGCUCUCAAACCAAUUUUUUAACCAGCUGGUGUGUUCACAUCAAAUGUAAAUAGAUUCAGAACCUAAAAAAGGAACCAAAAAACACUUGGUUUGACCUUGUGAACUGUUACUGUACAUCAUCAGUGGACGUGUCAAUAUAAGCCGAAGGAAGAUCUAUCCUUCCAAAAAUGGCAAAGGAAAGAAAGAAACAAUAAUUAUUGGGUGGUACGUCCCUUGAAUUCUAUCUCACAGAAGCUCAACGUGACCUGCCGUGUUGCCACUAUCGUGUUUUUAAGGGUCACUAAACGCCUGCCAUUGACGACGAAGGGCAGUGCAACUUUGGUUCUGCUUAACUGUGUGAACACAUGCUGGUUUCCUGAGGUUCUCAAUGGAUCUUGUGUCCAAUUGGGAACCAUGCUAGUGCUAAAAGGCUUGUUUUUUUUGGCGCAGGUGGUUGUAUCUCAUACACAUCCAUCUACACACUGUUUACUUUUAAAACUCACAUCACAGCCAAGGCUGAGCUGAAUCACUGGAGUAUGAAAGCACAACAAGAAGCAGUGUAUUCAGCCAAAGAUUGACCACAGUUGCUCGUCCUUGUCCUUCAGGAAAAGUGCAAACGAACGGUAGUUGUAGUGAUUUUUCCGUGCUGUAGGGUUGUUCCUUUAAGGAGACAGACAUGUAGACUCACUGCUGACAUGAACACCCCCCCCCCCCCCCUCCCAAAAAAAUAAAUCAUAUUUCAAGAACACAGCCUAUAGAAAGCUACAGGAGGAAGGAGGGCUACAGGAUGUUGGACGUUGACGAACAACUUGAUGAACUCUUAACAAAGAUCUAAUGUUUCCAACCCUGACGCCUUAAAGCACCUUUACAGUGUGAAGGUGACUGUUGACUGCUUAUUUUGAUUCAUGUGCUUUAUUUUUAGCCGAGAUAAAUGACUGAAAAAUAACUUUCUGUAGGAUUUGUUGAUGUGGUCUCAUGUGCAAUGAACAUUUUUCGGAACAGCUUGAAGUAAAGAGUCGGGACUCACCUUGACAAUGUGUCCGUGUGUGUCUGUGCUUGUGCAGAGUGAUGUGAAUGUAUGCAUAACGAAGAAGACGUUACGGUUUGUUGUUUUGUUUUUUGCCUUCUGAGUUCUGACGUGGGGGAAAUAUAAAGGUGUUUGUGUUGGGUAAUCAUUUAACAAAUGAACUGAAGUGAAUAAUGACAAUGUGAAAAAGGUGUAUAUUUAAAUAAAUGUAAUGUAAUACAUUGGUGUGUCCUAUAGUCCUGUAGAGUUAAGAUUUAAAAAAAAAACAAAAAACAAGGAAGUUUUGUACUCUAGCACUUUCUUCAGUGUGUACUGUAUUAGUUCAUCUUCUACAUGUAAAGUACUGUAUGAAUAUUCAUUACUUGCCUUGUAACGUUUGAAACGAUGCUACAUUUAGAAAUGGUAACCAAGAAAAACUGUUUUUAGAGUGUAUGCAUGCUAAUGGUUGGGUCCCAGUACAAUAGGAAACUAUAUGAAAAAAUGGUGCUAUGUUACAUUAUAUAAAGGUGCUUUUGUGGACCCCAGCUGAAUGCAUGCAAAGAGGAACUAUCAAAAGUAUGGGAAAAAAAAAUAAAUAAGAGACAAUUGAUGUCUGACAGCUGUUCUCAAAUAGUGCUGCUUCCCAAAGAUGUCGGAAAUUUGGAAAAUUCCAACUUUCUACUUGUUAAAAUGCGACAGCCCUUCAAGUUUCCGACGUGUAAAAUCUGCUAAAGAGAGUUGGGAAGUGGCAUUUUGAUUCCUGUGGAGAAAGUUGAAGCGUUGUUCAUGUUCUUCCCUGUUUAUUUUCUGAACUACAUCACCGGGAACACUUGGAGGUUGUUAUUGCAAUGUUGUCAGCUUUGAAAUUUCUAAACUAAAGACAAGAAGUGGAGUGCACAGUAGUUUGCAUAUAUACCUUACCUGAUCACAAAUGGUGAAGUCUAACUGUAAAUAUCAGCCGUAGCCUCCCCAGACUAAAGAAAUUAAUACGAUAAAGGGAAACGUGAAAGCCACCGUUUCUCAAACUAAAGAAGCAAUCGGCCAUGAGGUGGUUUUUUAUUUUUAAGGAAAUAAAAUAAAAAAUGUUUAUUUACAGUUACACUGCCUUUGUGACAAAAGGUCUAAAAGAUCUGUAGACAAUCUAAUGACAUCAUUUUGUACUCAUUUCUUCAAAUGUUUAUGUGUUGGGAUAAUUUCUCACGUAGCAAACGGCUAACAUCAGUGUCGUCUUUGAGAGGUCAGUUGUUUGGAAAACUUGUGAUGGUUGUUGCUGAAAAAGAAUUUGGAAAAAUGAAAAACUAUUGUAUGUUUAUUGGCUGUACUGGUCAUCUUUCUUUUUAUGUUUUUCAUUAAAUGUUUUACAGAAUUA